AAAAGACGAGACGACGCCGACUGAUUCGUGUUAUGUUGAAUUUAAUUUAUUGUGAUAAUUUUUAAGUUACCUAUCUAGAUACUAUGGAUUCAGAAAAUUCUGGCGACAAACCGAAGCUUUUUGGCAAGGUUAAAUAUAAGAUCACAGGAAAAGUUGAUGAAGAGAUUGAACAACUUCUUCAAAACAAUGGUGCUGAAGGAUUCAGUUACUUCUCUGAUUACGUAACUCACUGCAUCGUGGGCACUGAUCCUGUUGAUACUGAUAUAAGCGAUGCCAACGAAUUGUAUGAAGUACCAGCAGUCACACCUGAGUGGGUCUCAUAUAGUCUCAAGUGCAACAAGCUAUUGCCUACUUCUGCUUUCAAGGGUGGUGAAAAACUGUUAUUUACUGGAGUUGUUGCACACUUCUCAAAAUUGACCCGAGAUGACCACAAGAAACUGUGGGCGAUGCUAAAGUUUUAUGGAGGAGUUUACAGCUCUAGCUUCAACAAGAACACAACCCAUUUGAUCGUUUCGAAACCUGAAGGGGAAAAGUAUGAACAAGCGUUGAAGUGCUCUGACAUAAUCCAUGUGGUAACUCCAGAUUGGCUCAUUGACUCAGUUCGAACUAACAGCCUCUGCGCAGAGAUUUUAUAUCACCCUCGCCUAUUGAUCAUCGAGAAACCCCAAAAAUCAGACUAUCAGUCUACAGCUCACAUAACAGGUUUUGCGGAUGAUGUGGUCCCAGACGAGAACUCAAGUAGCGGAAUCGUACCCAGUUCAGAAAUAUUACAGCAACUCAAGCUGCGCAUGCCUUGGAACCAACCAAGCCAAACUGUGUCGUCCGCCUCUUCUACUGCUGGGCCUAUGGGAGGCCCUCUAAUCCAGAAACAGGCUUUUACCAGCUCUCAAAUGGGUCUUGCCCCGCCUCGUCCAAUGUCAACCAUUAUGCAGCAAAAUCGGCCACAGAUACCCCAGCAUCAGUUAUUACAGCAACGUACCUUGCAACAGCAGAGGUUGAUCCCCCAAUCCCAGUGGCGUCCUCAAAACCAGCUUCAACAGCAGCAAAUGGGACAAAAGCCUGGACUUCAACCGAUCCAUCAACCCCAGCAGCAGCAGCAGCAGCAGCAACCAAUUCAGCAGCAAGGAGUUUUGCAACAAAAUAUCCAGCAACCGCAGCACAUCCAGCAACAUCUGGUGUUGGCUCAGCAGAAAUCGCUCUUGCAGCAGCAGCAACAGCAGCAGCAGCAACAACAACAGCAGCAGCAGCAGCAACAACAACAACCUACCCAGCAGCACUUCAUCGUGCACGAGGCCAAUCAAACGAGUGGAGGAGUGCAGGCACAACAGCAGCCCCAGCCCCAACAACCUCAGAUGGUGCAGCAUCAGCAGGGCUUUGUCACACUUUCCAAUAACAAUCAGAUCAACUGGAAUCAGCAACAACAACAACAGCAGCAGCAACAAUUCCAGUUGCGUCAACAGCAACUACAACAACAGCAACAACAGAAUCAACCACAGAUACAACAGAGACAAAUCACUUGGACCCAGCAAACUCAGCAGCAGAACCCGAACCAAAGACAGUUGAUUCAGAUGGACAAAGCUACCCAUGCACAGUUGCGCCAACUGGACCCUCAACAGAGAACAAUGUUCCUACACAAUCUGCAGAAGCAACAACAGAUCGCAAUACAAAGACAGAUGCAGCAGCAGCAACAACAGCAAAGACAGGUUGUGCAGGGAGGAGGUAUUGCUGGCAGCACUGUCGUAGUUAGUGGAGCAUUGAGACAACAAUCAGUGGCAGUUAUCAGAGGACACAUACCUUCUGGGCUGAACCCUCAACAACAACUGCAAUGGCUUCAGCAGCAACGCCAUCAGCAGCAGAUUGUGAUACAGCAGAACACUCAGCUGAGGCAGCAGGUGUUGGUACACCCACAACAAGGUGACAGGCAGAUGCCUGCACAGCAACUCAUCACUAGCAACAGUCCUACUGUAGCUCAGCAGCCACAGUGGGUGGCAGACGCUCAGUUGCAAGGUCAAGUGGGAGUUGGAUCUCAACAACAGAUGGCUCUGAGGCAGCAACAACUCCAGCUGCAUCGCUUCCAACAACUGCAACAGAAGCAACAAGUUCCCACUGCCAAUGUCAGACUUGCCCACCCCACCACCCCUCAGCCUAUGCUGUUCAACAAUCAGAUGGCUCAAGGGAAUACAGUCGCCCAAGGCCAUCAGCCAAUACCAGAAGCUGCCGACUCAGUGGCCUCCUCUACAGAUUUGUUUUCGGGAAAUCAGCAGGGUGCGGGCCAGUCUCAAGCCUUCAUGGUGAAUGCUAAAACUAAGACAGCUCUAGCAAACAUGUUGAGCAUCAGAUUACAGACGGGUCAAUCCGGUAGCGCUAGCAACACUCAGAUGUCCAGCAGUGUAGAAGGCAGUGCUGCAGGACAACUAAGACUCAUGACGGCACAGCACAUAGCUCAGCAGCUACAACCACCCCCUCCCACCUCUGCCCCAACCCCUCAGCCAACCCCUACACAGAUGCGAGGACCAGUAGGAGUACAGAGUGGCAGUGUGCCUGUACGUGUAGGAGUGACUAUGAAGACUGAAUGUGGCCCAGUAACUCCCCCAGCCGUGCUAGGACCAGCCAACAAACCACCCUACACUCAGACCGCAGCUCGAGUGGCUGCAGUAUUGGCUAAGAGUGCUGCGGCUACUCAACCACCCCAACAUCAUCAGAGACCUCAGUUCUUUGGCCACAACCCUAAUUUAAAAUUACCUCAAGACAUGUUUUUGUUGGGCUGCAUCUUCUUGAUAGUGGAGUACGAUCGCACUGGAGAUAACAUCUCAGAGUGGACCCAUUGCAUUACGGAGUACGGGGGAGAAGUCGAGGGUUCAUAUACUCUGCGUGUUACCCAUAUCAUCUGUCAGACGCAGAAACAUCCGUUAGUCCAGCAGGGAAUAAGAGAUGGGAAGCGCUGUGUGACUGCAGAGUGGCUAAGUGACGUCUGCCUCAAACAGCAAGUGCUGCCUCCCUGGCUUGCUUUACACUUCCCUACCCCUUACAGCGAGGAAAAACCCUGCCGAAACUUGAUUAUCACUUAUUCUGGAUUUGAAGGCGAAGAACGCAGCAAAAUCAAGAAAAUGAUUGAGGCAACUGGAGCCAAACUGACAAAUUAUCUUUCAAGCCAAAAUAAUAUUUUGGUUUGUCGAAGGCCUGAUGGCAGUAAAUACAGAAGAGCAAGAGAGUUGGGCAAAUCUGUUGUCAAUGUCCAAUGGUUGAAUGAAAUAUUGUUUGGCCAUUAUUCCUGUCUUCAACAACCAGAUAGCCACAAAUACCAGCAGUAUCACUUGGGAAAUCCUUUUCGCAUCGAGUAUAUCCUUGUCCCUCAUCUAAUGGCGGCUUGGAAGGCACCAAUCAAUGUGACUCAGGAGUCAUAUGAAAGAUUGAAAAACAAUCCACCUAAUCCACGUAAAAAGAAACCGAGGAUAGUGCCUCCAAGUCAUUAUGUAGAUAAUAACGUGAACGAGAACAAAGACUGCAUGAUGGAAGGGAUCGAAGUCAUCAACCAUAACCCGCCCCCUCCUGAAAAAAGACCUUACGUACUAUUUUCCGGGAUAUACGGAGAUGAACUAAAAGAAGAGGCAAAGAAAGUGGUGAUGCUCGGCGGAGUGUUGGUGCAAGGCCCUAAUGAAGCCACACAUCUGGUGAUGGUAGGGAUGGGAAUAACAGUCAAGUUGUACGAGAGUGUUACCACUUGCAAGCACAUUGUCAACCUGCAAUGGGUCACUGACAGCUUUGCUCGCUCACAAUUUGUUGAUGAGUCUCCUUACAUUUACUCAAACCCUGAAUUGGAAAAGCAAUACAAUUUCAAGUUGGCCCAUACACUCUCCAUGCCCAACCGACGAAAUCUCUUCAAAGGCAAGAAGUUUUUCUUGUCUCCUUGUGUGAUACCAGGACGCAAUGCCCUAAGAGGAAUGAUUGAGUAUGCUGGAGGCAGCGUAGAUCGACAACGACGCUCCCUCAAGUUCAUGCUAGAUAUGGAACCCCUUUCAUACUUUGUUAUCGCAGUGCCCAAAGACUAUCAUCUGGUCGCAGAUGUGCUUCGUUCUAAUUUAGGAGUUUAUCCUGGAGAGUUUGUCCUAACUUGCCUUCUUCGUCAAAGCAUUGAGCAUGAAGCAGCCACAAUGGUGGUCAAGAGGAACAAUAAACAAGGACGGUGAGUGAUGUGGGAGCCCUGGCCGGGCAGCAGACCUCAGUGUGCCUUUCCGCUCCCCUGGCCUUCAGUAUAAUUACUGCAUCAACCAGUGUCUACAUCCCGAGUACUAAUUAAAAAUGUUUUUACCGAACCCUUAAUGAGACAUUAUGUUAAACUUUCAUAAGAAACAAUUUUCUCAAGAAAUAAAGUUAAGUUUUAGUUGUUUAUUACAUUUCAUUAAUGAAUAGACUCUUAUUUAAUGAACUAUGAAGAGCCAAAGAUAGUCAAUCCAUGUUAUUUUUCAUUCCACCAUAUCUCAGUUUAGUGUCAAUUUUCAUAAUGGUGGACUGUAUUUUUUUUACAUUUUGUACCUUGAUCCACAGUUAUGCCUUUGUGACUUUAUGAGUUAGUGUAAUUUCAGUUGAAUAUGUACUCAUAUCUCAAUAAGAAGGUACGGUGUAAGUGUGUGGAGUCAAAAAAGGUGUUAUUUUAGUUCCAGGAUUGACUUAACUAUUGUCAGACAAUGUUAGGUUUUCAAUACUUUCUGUUAGACAAACUUUUUUUGUAUUUUUUUAUGGUUCAAAGUACAGUAGUGCCUUUGUAGUUUUAUAAACAUUUUACACCAGACCUCACAAUACUCAAAAUGCUAGUAAUAGAAAAUUUAUAGAAUUUUUUGGCAAGCCAUGGUUUAUUUUGAAACAUGUUCAAUUACCUUUUAAAUUUAUGAGGAAGUAUUUAAGUUUAUCCUCCCAGAUAGCUUAAACAUAAUGUAAUUGUCUGUUCAUUCAUAAAAAUGUAUUGUAAUUAACUAAUUUUACUAUGCAAAAAAUAAAUUUCUACAACAGUACUCUAGUUAUGCAAUAAACUAAGACACUUUAUUUCCGGAUAAUCUGUAUUGCACAUCCAGAUAAGUUUGAGUUUGCAUAUUUAAGAUUUGUUUGUUCUAAAUAAAUAGUUUGUAAAAAAAUAAUAUUUUCCAUUUGAUAUUUCUUCUGUUUUAACUUAAGUUUCAGUACAACAUAAUUAAACAAACGUGUUCAAACUACCAUCAACUUUAAGUUUUUUUGUUUUAUGGAUUUAGUUUGAGGUUUUUUUUACCCUUUUAUAAUUUUAUGUUACAACUUGCUACUGUUUAUCACAUUGUAACUGGGAGGAUUUAUUGGUUUAAGAUGACUGCUUCCUCAUAUUAUGUUUUCUAUUUGAGUUUCUGUUAUUUUGAGUUAAGAAGGUAAUUCAAGUUUUAUUACUUCAUUUUUACCAGAGGACUUUUAAGUUUUUUUUCUUACACUGUACAAUGAGUUAAUCUAGUUAUUCAAUUUGUAUUACUUCAUUUUUACCAGGGAGGUCUUUUAAAUUUUGUUCCAAAUUAUAAUACGUCAGUAUACUGCUUAAGACUGUUUAUUCGUGAAGUUUAGUCUUAAAGAAAAAAAACCCAAAUUUGAAAUAACUAGUACAAAAUAAUACAAAUUGAACUAGUUUUGUUAUGGAAACAACAUUUCCUCAUGUGAUAAUUGUUAAUAGUAGUUAUAAGCUUUUGUAAAUUUUGAUUUCAUUUGUGA